AUGACUAAACAUCCUUCCAGCGUUAAACUGAAUGCUGUCAAGAAGGAUGAGACUUCUACCUCGUCUAUAACAUCCUUACAACAAACUGCCGCUGAAAAAGAAGCGAUAAAGACUGAACGAGUAAGAACGGAAGCGAAGCUCGAAGGUAGGAAUCCUGAUAGCUUCAUUAAAGUCUACAAUGAACGUGAAAGCAAGUCCACUGGUUCUGGCCUUGUUAUAAAUGCUAGAAAUAAAGAAAAUAGAUCAUCAAGAGAAUUUGGUAAAGGUUCAAGUUCACCGGACGAGAAAUACGCUGAUGAAUAUAUGGAAUUAUGCUUUCCUGAUUCACCAAGUGUAUCUCAAAAUUCAAUUUCUCCUCGUGAAAGUCAGCUUUUGGACGAUUUAGAUGAUACUGUGAUCAAAAUAACGAGUGAUAAAGAUAAAAAAUAUUUAGGAAUGAUUGCCGAAGAAGAAGAAAUUAAUUCGUCGAGAUUUAAUUCAUCCUCAAAUUCAGGAUACAUAAUAAACGACUUGGCAAAGUUUCAGAAUAGGGUGAACGAUCUGAAAAAUUCGGAUCUUGACUCCACGUCUUACGCUUCAUCGACAGCAGACACAGAGAUUAGCAUAUUUAAUGAUACUGAAUCAUCAACUUCCGGUGGUACUAAUGAACCCGAAUCUCCUUUGAGUUUACCAAUUCCUAAUUCCAAGGGGCUUCAAAAGAGAAAGAAUUCUUUCGGAUUCAACUCAGGGCGUAAUAAUUUAGGGGGGCGUUCGAUAUUUUCUGUUCUUUCGACUACCUCUUUACAUCAAUCAACAUCAAUAUCACCAAAGAAUUCAACCCGAGGUUCUCUAUCAGAACCGGAAGGUGAAUUUCCUAGAGAAUUUUCUCCUAGUUCGCCAUCAAAAGCAGAUAAGAUUUUGGGACGCACAAAAUUAUCAUCAUUAUCGCUAAGAAAAAAUCGUUCGAAAUCAGCUAUUUCCGAUGAUAGAUCGUUGCUUUCUUUUUAUAUGGGGUAUGAUCCUGGACUAAGUUCACCGGAGAGUGGCGAGAAGCCUUCGAAAGUCGGCAAGAUUCUUGGUCUGACUGCUGUCGAAGAGAAAAUUUUAUUAGACAAACCUCCAACCGGUAAAAAUAAAAAAUCACGUGGGACAUCUGAAACACGCGUAUCCUCAAAUAAGAACUUCAAAAUUCCUGUAUCACCGAGUUCUCCUGAUGAAAGGUCAAAAGCAAUCAGAGCAAGUAAGGCUGGUAAGAUAUUAGGAUGGGAUGAUGCUAAUUCAAAGCUCCCGAUCGGUGGUCCGAUAACUGUUUCUAGCAUUAGCAAUAGUAACAAUUUGGUACUCAAAGGAUACAUGUCUAAAUAUCAAAAUACCAAAUUUCUGUCCAAAUCAUGGAAAAAAAGAUACUUUAUUCUCACCAAGAACACUUUAUAUUGUUUCAAGUCAAAUGAAUCAUCGACACCUCAAAUAGACAAUUUUGAAUUAACAUCAGAAACGGCUGUAUAUCUUAGUGAUGAUUUUAAUGCGAGAGGCUAUGUAUUAGGGGUUAAUAAAGGAGGAAAACCAUGGCAUCUACAGGUGGAUAAUGUCGAAGAGAUGAAGAAGUGGAUGGGCGAGUUAAAGCGUGUCAUAAAAAAUUGUAGUGAAGAUCCCAAAGGAUCAUUGGUUGGUUCCGUAGGAAGAAUAAUCGAAGAUCAUUCACUUAAGUCAACAAAAACUGCGAAAAGAACAUCACCUAUACAUUCCAUCACGGAGCCACCAGAUAGCAUCGAUGAUAUUGUUGAUCAAAUAUCAUUGCCACCGCCACCAAGACCAUCAAUGAUAACGUCUUUACCGCCUCCACCUCGGCCAAGGUCUGCACCAAAUUCAUCAUGUCCUCCGUCACCAACGGCCGUUGCGUCAUCCUCAUCUCAAUUGAUGUCUCCUCAUUCAUAUGGUUUCAAUGAAUUUUCCGGCGUAAUAGAAUUUGAAUCUCCCCUACGCCCCUCCUCACCGGUCGAAACCUUGUCGCCUCCGAGGACACGAUAUGGGCAAAAUAUGUUGACAAAACAAAAUGAAAGAUCGGUUCAUGUUCCGCAGCAUAAUAGAAACCAAUCGAGUGCAUUUGGACCAAUUAAUGUUACCAUGCAAUCCCGUCAAUCAUCUUCAUCUUCACUCAACUCUCAAAGAUCUAGCAAGCAGGCACCUUCCACCAUUCGACAAAGUAUACCAAUAAUAAUGCCGUCUUGGAUCAUGUCCUCGAGUUCGAUGCCUAAUUCAUCUUUAUCAUCUUCACCCGCUUCAACAUCGUUAACGCCACCACCACGCUCUCCACCCCGUCCACCACCUCGAGUUCAUCCAUCUGUCACACGGCCCAUCCAACGUACUGUCUCCAAUCCCCCUGUAACCUCCCUUACAUCCGACAUCCGGCUUAGUAAAAUUGGACCUCCUCCAAGUAUUCCAUUGCCAUUACCUCCUCCUAGGCCGUUAUGCACGAUAGCACCACAUAACAGACCUCAACCAAUUCCACCACCGCGAACCUCACGAAGUUCCAAAGAUCUUUCAAAUGGUAAAACGGGAAACGCGCAAAACACACAGCGGGUAUCUCUCGCACAAAAUUCGAAAACCGCUCUUCGCUCGAAAUCUCCACCACCUCGUUUUUCCUCAGUUGCAUAUUCGCCUGCUAUAUCUUUGCCACCACCAUCGCGGCCACCGAAUCUUCCGCUUCCGCCAGUGCCGGAAACACCACCUGUUAAAAAUGACGGAUUCAUAAUAGCUAAACCGAAGUCAAGAACCACAUUGUCACCGUCCAAGGAAACCAUUGAAUUUCCCGACGAUGAUGACUUGGAUCCAGAUUAUGCUGAAGAGGUGGAGGCGUCUCGUCGGAGAUCGCAAAAAACGGAAGGGAGCAUCUCGAGCUCAGAUACCACCUUUUUCUCAAUAUCCGAUAUCAGCCAUGAUGAGGUUCCUCAAUUAUCGGCAUCUGGGUUGACAUUCGUCAUGAUCGAAGAGACGCUCGGUGACGGGGAGUUGGUGCUAGAUCUUCAAUAUGUGAAAAACGAUAAAGACGGUAAUCGUUUUAUCAACAGUAAUUUUGAGGACAGUGAAAACAUCAACUCGUCCGAAUCCAUGACCAACAGCGAAUAUAGUACAAUAAUGUCAGUGGAUACCAGUUUGGAUGUGAAUUGA